GAACAAUCCUUGGCCUUCAGGUUUGAGACAUGGACAUGGACAUGGACAACGGACAUGGGGCAUGGGACAUGGGAUAGACCAUCGAUCCGGUGGCUAAUCCCACCCGCCUAGUGACAGCGAUCAUCCCAAUUCCCACCCCGAGAAAAGAUAUAAAAGGCCGCCGGUCACCACUGCAAUACCCUCCUCCUCAUCAACAAACAUCUCAUUCACUUACUACAAUCCUCUCCUAUCUAAUCUCUACCACAACCACUCGUUCAAUCGAAAAACAAAACCACACACCCUCUUUCAAAAUGCAGUUCAAGAACCUCAUCCUCGCCGCCUCGGCCGCCGUCACCGCCAGCGCCCUCCCGGCCGCCAACACCACCAGCACCACCGGCGAGUCCACCUUCGGGGUGAUUGCCAUCCACUCGACCAGCGCCGUGCAGUACGCCGCCUUCGCCGCCGCCAAGAGCAGCCUCUUCGCCGGUCUGGCGCACCCCAACGCCACCUGCGCCCGUCCCGCCGAGCAGUCCGCCACCUUCUACAUCAACGAUGGCGCUCUCUUCCUCUACGACGAGUCCGCUACUCCCCAGGAGAUCUUCGUUGACGCUUCCGGCAUGGGCCAGGGCGUGAUCGGCUACACCACCGGCGCGCAGUCCGCUCCCGGCGAGCGCAAGGGCUGGGCCAUCGACGCCAACGACCACCUGCAGUUCGGCGGCAAGGAUCUGAUUGCCUGCCCUAACAGCAUCGACGGUGCCUGGAGCAUCUGGGCCGAUGCCGGCUACGCCAACCCCGGCUACAACUCUGACUGUGUGGGUAUUGCGGCCCGGGUGGAGAAGACUAGCAACCCCAACGGCUGUGUUUACACUCAGUAGAUUGGUUUGGUGGAUUGUUGGGCUGAUAGCGUUGGACUCGUGGAGGUUGAAGACGGGGUCAGGCUUUAGUUGGUUGGAGAGGUGAAUUGUAAUUAGAACUUAAUACUACGCUCAUUUUGCCUGGUUUUGGGUAUUUUGUAAUUUGGUGAUGGAUCCUCUGAAGGGAGUGUGAUGUAGGCUGAUGGUACUAUCUGCUUGACGGUCUGGUUCUGGUCUCGGUUGUGGAUAUAUAACACCUGAAUAGAUCGCGUAUCAGAGGUCCUGAUGAUGGCAUAUUUAGUUUCCUCUCCCUGGCAAGUAUUCAAUGUGUUGGCAAGUUGGUUGACCCCAAACUCACAAAAGCUCAUUCGGAGGACAAACCCUCUCAAGCCAGGAUGA